AUGAAAUUGAUGCAAUUACUUUACAUUUUCAUGUGGCCUACGUUACCUGGAGAAACUUAUUUAUAUGAAUUCAAAGUUGACAAACAAAUAGGAACUUACUUUUAUCAUUCGCAUUGGGCAUUAUCUACGAUAACAGGACAUGGUGCAUUCAUUGUGAAAGAUAAACCACCAAAAAUUUAUGGUAGUUUUGAAGACCAUCAAUUAACUAUUACUACAAUCGCAAACACCACCACCUCCAAUAAUAAUAAUACACCAGCAACAAUAAAAAAAAAAGAGGAACCCUUUAUAAUAAUGUUUUCCGAUUUAUGGGCUCAAAGUGAUGAAACAUUGGCAAAAGGAUUAAUGGAUCCAAAAAAUUUUACUUGGGUUGGUCCACCAUCUGACCUGUUGAUAAAUGGCAAUUUUUUAGGUGACACGGUGUUUCUAGUUGAACCAAAGAAAACUUAUCGUCUUAGGAUUAUUGCUGCAACUACACUCGAGGCUAUAGUUUUUGGAAUUUAUAAUCAUAAAAUGACAAUUAUUGAGGUUGAUGGAUCAUAUGUGAAGCCAGUGACAGUUGACUCAUUACAAGUAUCUCCAGGAGAAAGAUACUCGGUAUUAAUUACUACAGAUCAAACGCCUGGUGAUUAUAAUAUUUUGAGUGAAAUCAGAUUACGUAACGAUACAACAACUAGUAAGAGAGAUCCAAGAGCAACUCUAAGAUAUGUGAUCUCGCCGCCGCUGCCACCUUCUCCAAAACCAUUGAAUGUUCCAACGUUGCCAGUACCAUAUCCUCCGCCGAUAAAAUUUGAAAUGUUGACAGACAGUGAACCAAUGCCAAAGAAAUCCGAUCGUACAUUGAUUCUGUCAACAAAUCAAGAUCUAACAACAACAAACGUUCAAUCAGGUACAAGAAUAAUAAGAUGGAGCGUUAACAACAAUGUAUUCAAAGAUUUCAAAUCACCCGUACUAUUGGAUUUGAUUAGCGGUGCGAGAUCGAGAGAUGUUGAUUGGAAUGCUCUGAAUAGUACUACUGGAUAUGAUAAAAAUCGUAAGACUUAUCCGAUCAGAGAUGGCGAGGUUAUUGAUUUGGUGUUUCAGAAUACAAUCGGUUUAUCAGGAGGAUGUGAUUAUCAUCCAUGGCAUUUACAUGGACAUAAAUUCUGGGAUAUUGCUUUUGGACCUGGCACAUUUCCAAAUGGAUUAAAUAUAAAAAAUGUUGCAGAGUAUCCUGUGGCAAGAGAUACCACAUUAGUUUAUCCUGGUAUAUUAACCAAUGGAACAAAACUCGGCGACGGGUGUGGAUGGAGAUUGGUUAGGUUUGUAGCUGAUAAUCCUGGAGUUUGGGCUGCACAUUGUCAUAUUACACCUCAUAUGGUAAUGGGUAUGAUGACUUUGUUAGAGGAAGCAAUUGAUAAACUACCACAUAUCCCUUCAUUGUAG